UUUAGGUUUACAUUACAUUAGAAAGACUGCUUGAACAAAAAGAAAAAUGCUAGCAGUGUCAAGAUAUGCAUAAUGUUACAUAUGUACAAGAUCGUUAUUUCAUAAAGUAACAGAGUACUACACGUGGCCUGAGCAGUCUGAAAGGAAAGGGAGUGGCUUGGCUUCUGACAUGGCAGGAAAUCUUCUCAAAGCGCGCAAUUUCUGUUUCCGCCCAACUCCCGUUUUUCCUCCCCACAGCUGCCAAAAACUUCAUGGCUCAGUGAGAGGCAGAUUUUGUACUUUCACUCGGUUACUUUUGUCUGGACUGAAGACAUCCAUCUGUCUGCCUGUUACAAAAGAGAAAAGUCUGAGGUGGAUUCUUUCAAUCCAGCAAAAGUAGAUCAAAAGAAGUUUUUCAAGUCUUAACCCCAACAACCAGAAUGGAGCUUCAGAAGAUGAAUGGACAUAGCAGGGAUGAUGGGUUUGAUGGACUGGAUGCCUUGGCUGAACAUGAGGAGUUUCUUCCACAUAAAACCGGUGUCAAGAAAGAAAUACACUUUACAGAUUUCGAGGGAAAGACUUCUUUUGGCAUGUCCAUCUUUAACCUCAGUAACGCCAUAAUGGGCAGUGGAAUUCUGGGAUUGGCUUUUGCAAUGUCCAACACCGGAAUCAUUCUUUUUUUAAUCCUGUUGACUUUCAUUGCCAUUCUGUCUGCGUAUUCGAUCCAUCUCUUGCUGAAAAGCGCUGGAGUUGUUGGGAUCCGGGCCUAUGAGCAGCUUGGGUAUCGGGCUUUUGGUCACCCAGGAAAAAUGCUGGCUGCCUGUGUUAUUACAAUACACAACAUUGGAGCUAUGUCUAGCUAUCUCUUCAUCAUCAAGUCUGAGCUUCCACUGGUUAUUCAAGCGUUCCUUGAUAACCCAGAACACACACAAGAGUGGUUCUUGAAUGGAAAGAUCUUGAUCAUCAUUGUUAGCACUUUCGUCAUCCUUCCUCUAGCACUCAUGAAACAACUUGGUUACCUGGGCUACACAAGUGGCUUCUCCCUCUCUUGCAUGGUGUUUUUCCUCAUUUCGGUUAUCUACAAGAAAUUCAACAUUCCCUGUCCACUCGAUGAUACUCAUAUCAACAUGACUUCUACUGUUGGCGACCAUAGUGCCGUUAAUGAGACAGACCACUUCUGUGAGGCCAAGCUAUUUACUGUCAACUCACAGACCGCAUACACCAUCCCAAUUCUGGCCUUUGCUUUUGUCUGUCACCCAGAAGUGCUACCAAUCUACACGGAGCUACGAAAUCCCACCAAGAAACGGAUGCAGAAUGUUGCCAACAUCUCCAUCUUGGCCAUGUUCGUCAUGUACCUGCUGACUGCUCUUUUUGGUUACCUCACCUUUUACGGUGCUGUGGAGUCAGAGCUGUUACACACCUACAGUCGCAUGGGAUCCCCUGAUGUCCUGAUUCUCUGUGUGCGUCUGGCUGUGCUGGUGGCCGUCACUCUCACUGUCCCUGUGGUUCUCUUCCCGAUCCGCAGAGCUUUGCUCCAGAUCUUGUUCCCUGACAAACCUUUCCACUGGGCCAGACAUAUUGGCAUUGCGUUUGGCCUCGUCUUUGUGGUCAACCUGCUUGUUAUCUUUGUGCCCUCCAUCCGUGACAUCUUUGGCAUUAUCGGAGCCACAUCUGCUCCCAGCCUUAUCUUCAUCCUACCUGGAAUCUUCUACAUCCGCAUUGUUCCUGAAGACCAGGAACCUUUCCUGUCCAGAUCCAAGAUUCAGGCCGCCUGCUUUGCUGCACUGGGAUUCAUCUUUAUGGUCAUGAGUUUGUCAUUUAUCAUCAUUGACUGGGUGACUGGAGAAUCCCGAAGUGGAGGUGGGCACUAGCUGCUGUGGCUGAACAGAGAUACAAUGAAAGAACGCCAACCAAAGCUCCCCGUCAUUAAAUUACCCUAUUCUGCCGAGUUCUGCCAAACAGGAAAAUUUGGCUGCACAACACAAAGGAUAUGUGAAGGACCUCACACACACACACACAGAACCCCCCAAAAAAGCAUUUUGACAUGUUAUGGGGCAGACAAAAGGUACUGUAAUGGAGGAGAGAACACAGAUGCAAGAGAAUACAAAGCAAUGUGUUCUGACUGAAUGAAUCCUGUGUCACAGGUCCCAGCAAGGAUGUUGUUUGGAGCCAUGUGUAGAAAUGCAAAAGACAGGAAAGGAGUAACAGCAUUAAGAAUGAAUGGGGACAGCAUGACUCAAAUGGAAAUCCCAUUUUAGAGUAUGGAUGUGUAGAGUUCCCUGGAAUAGCUCAGUCACUGCCAAAAUCCUUCCAAUGUACUUCCCUAAAAUCUCAGAGUUUACAUGACAGAAAUUUGAAAAGGCAGUUAUUUUCAUUACCCAGGAAUUAGCUUUUAGUCAAACAAGAUAUUUAAAAUAAUAAGAUAUUCUAGUUUGUUCAUUCAUUGGUUGCAAUUUCAUUGCACAUUUUGGGCAGUCAAGUCUUUUCAAAUUUCAAAUUUAUCUAAACGUCUCAGAUUCUGCUAAAUAUGGCCGGGGAGGAUUAGUCUGCAGUUCCACACCAACCAUUCCAGUCAGUCAUAAUACAAAUUUCAAUGACUUGUACAUGGAAUUGAAUUAACGUGUUCAAUGUUAUAUUUUGUUUAUAGAUUCUGACACUUAACACAAAUGUUGCAAAGGUUACAAUCUUCAAAACUAAGCCUGACCUUUUUUUAUAAGUGAUCCAACAAAUACGGUGUAGUUUGUGGGAAUUUUUUUCUUCUUUUUUUUUUUUUUUUUUUUGCUAUUCAUGAAGUUCAAACAGUUUGAUCAUUCAUAGAAAGACACAGAAAGGUGGUUUGUACAAUUUUUAAGUUUCUGUCCGUCCCUGAAAACAUCCAGAGCUGCAAACCAAAGAAUAUAUUUAUUGUGUUACAUUAAGAUGGGUUGCAACGCUUUUUUUUUUUUUUUUUACUAUGUUUGGCAAAGGCCUGUAAAGCAUUCAAAAAUCCAGUGCUGUUCAAUACGGUGAAUAAUUACCCAUCGCUCUAAGUUAAAAUGAAUGGAUUCUAUUCUCCUUUUUUUUGUUUUUAAAAUUUGCUACUCAUCUUGUAUAUUUUUAAAUUAAUUUGAAUGUUGUUAUCUGUCAAUAAAAUAUGUCUUUCAUUUGUA